AUGGCGACGCGGGCGGUGCGCGGGUAUCGCACCAUCUCCCGAGAUGCGGCUUGCCUACUUGCUGCAGUCCACGAGGGGGGCAGCAACCCCCUACCGGACGCCGUGCGUCGGUGGAGGGCUGAGUCUAGUGAGAGGUCGUUAGACCUCUGGGCGGAGCGGUUGGAAGAACCGCUGGUAAGCGUCGCCCUGAUAGAGGCAAUCCGGCCACUAUUUAAAGAGUGGGUGAACCGGAAACACGGGGCACUCUCCUUCCAUCUGACGCAGAUGCUCACCGGGCACGGCUGCUUCGGUCAGUAUCUGUGUCAGACGGCUAGGAGAGAAAGUGACACAAGGUGUCACCAUUGCCUUGACGAAAGGGACACGGCCGAGCACACAAUGACGACGUGCCCUUCCUGGAUGGAGCAACGUACGGCCCUUACGGCCGUCAUUGGAAUGGACCUCUCGCUGCCAGCGAUAAUCCGGGCAAUGCUGAGCAGUGAGAUCGCAUGGCAGGCAGUAAAUGACUUUGCCCAGGAAGUCAUCACCGCAAAAGAGGAGGCCGAGCGCAGGAGAGAACAGGAGGCGCUCGACCCUUUGAGACGGCCGAGGAGAAGACGCAUGCGACGGAGUGGCCGCGGCGACUUACAUUAG